AUGAUAUAUCAUGUGGGCUUGCUGGUGGUUUUGGUGAAUGCUGCAGAAGCCUUCCAACUGCAGGGUCCUUCUGGUCCUCUUGCUGCCCAGCUGGGAGGGUCUGUCCUGCUGCCCUGUGCUGCUGAAUCCCCCCUGCCUCUGGAGGAGCUGGAGGUGGAGUGGAGAAGAGCAGACUCUGGUGCCCUGCUGCACCUCUUCCAGGAGGGAGAGGAGAGACCAGAGUCACAGGAUCAAGCAUAUAGGGGGCGAGUGGACUUCUUCCCUGUGGACAUGGCCAAGGGAAACUUCUCAAUACUUCUCAAGAACGUGUCAGAAGGGGACAUUGGAGUUUACAGCUGCAAGGUUUUCACUGAACACGAGGCAGGGGAAGUGAAAGUUGACGUAUUGAAAGUAGGUAAGUUCUUUGAUUCAUCUCCCCCACCACAUUGCUGGGCACUGCCAGGAAUAUACCUGGUGGUGACUGGAUCAGGUGUGGAAGUGUCUGCCUCUCUGGGUAAGGACGUUGUCCUGAGCUGCCAUGUUGAUUCCCAUGUGGAGAUUACAGAGGUCACCUGGAGAAACACAGACGAGGGCAUCACAGUACUGCAAUACCGACACGGUGACGUCCUCCCAGACUCCUCACAUCACAGAUAUCGAGGGAGAGCUGCGUUCUUCACUUCAGAGAUCUCCAAAGGCAACUUCUCACUGAGACUAAAGGGCGUCAGGACUGAAGACAAAGGAGAAUACGUCUGUGAUGUACACACCAGCAGCCAUACAGGGAAAGCCUCUGUAAGGAUAAGUAUAUUGGGUCUCUCCAUUCUGCACUGCCUAGUCUUGGCCUGCUGUGUUGGAUCAUUUGUGAUAACCAGUGUGGCUCUUGCAUAUUUCAUAGCCAAAAGGAUAAAUUUGGCAGUGCAUUUCGUGGUGUUUUUGAGUCCAAACAUACUGUUGUUUGUUGGAUACGUCUUAUGGGGAUUAGCUGAGG